CCACAUCUCUUGUGACAACUACGCCUUGCUUUCGUGGAAAAGAUGAUAUAAUUGUAGAAUUAAUUGGAGGACAAUUGGGGAGAAAUGCUACUGCUGUUGAUACUGUUGUUGUUGAAAAUGCAUGCCAGUGCAUGGAUCGUUGUCUUUAUAAAAUUACUGCGUCUCUUUCAACGCUAUCCAAGAUAAAGAUAAGGUAAUAUGCGAACUGUUCGACCUUACAAAUCAUGGCAACAUGUCACUUGUAGCACAUGAGAAUUCAAGUUACUAUGAAGUUCGUUUUGUCAAUAUUGUGCCAACGGGAGUGGUGAAAAUGAGUGCAGCUGUGCCUACUCGGUGAAACGAGGCUGUGAUGAUUGGUAUCAAGCAGGAUUCAACGAGAGUGGUGUAUACGAAAUCAAAGUCAAUUUGAAAAUGACACAUGUUCUUUGUGAUAUGUUAACCCAGGGCGGUGGUUGGAUCAAGUUUCAAAACAGAUUUGACUGUAGCGUUGAUUUUAACAAGCCUUGGGUUGAUUACAAAGAAGGAUUUGGUGACCUAAACGGAGUAUGGCUCGGCCUUGAAACGUUGAACCAACUGACUGUUGACCGUGACUAUUGGUUAUAUUUUGAAAUGGUUACCACCUCUAAUGAAACGGUUUAUGAUUUAUACCCCGACUUUAAAAUCGAAAAUGAAGGCCAACGGUAUAAACUUCUAUUUGGAGAGUGUGUAAAUUCCACUCAAAGAAACUGUGUUUUGUCCGACCAUAUAAAUAUAAAGUUUUUAACUUACGAUGCGCCGUCGGAUAAUGAUUGUGCUGAACGUUAUUCUGGUGGUUGGUGGUAUACCGGGUGCUAUAAAGUUUAUUUGAAUGGCAUGCAAACCCAUAAAUGGGAUAAAGGGAAUGACAAUUUGCUUUACUCAAAUAUACCCGCAAAAACUGCAAUGAUGGUUAAAAAAAUAAACAAGAGCAGUUGAUUUUGCGUUACCUAAUGUGCUCUGCGAUCACUAUCGUCGACCAAAUAUUGAAACAAAAGCAGUUGCCACUUUUUUUGCAUAGGUGGGCAAGGUGGACAGCGUUUAAACUUUGUUAGUGACUUGUUCUAUACGGAUCCCAACAUCGAGAAAAAUUGUUAUGCAUCAGCAUCAAUCAGUGCAUUUAAAGACUACGAAUUUAACUUUUUAGAUCCUAACUUCAAAGAGCGUUAAAUUAACACAGAUAUAGCCUAUGGAUUCACUUGAGAACUUUAAAAUUAAAAAUUUAUUUUAAUAUAUUUCGUCCAUGAUUGUAGCUACCACAAAAUUUAUCGAAAUCAACUUCCACUAUAACAGUGGGAAUUUAAUAGUUUACGGAGGUUCUUUACACGGUGUGUUGCUUCGGAUUAACAUUGCAUGGAACUAUUGUUUCUUUCUUUUCCGUACCGUUUUUAAAAGAAACAACGAGGGAGCUUUGAUAUAAAUAUUUUAUAGUGCAUAUAAUGUUUAUUUAU